UGCAUCCUGCCAAAUCGUCAUUUGCACCUGGUGACCACGGGUCUGUGUCGGCAGUAACAUUAUUUGAUCUGCUCUCCAUCUGCCUUGGUGCCCUCGGCUUCUCGACGCCGCGAAACAGACCAUUUAAUUAUCAGGAACGCCCAUAUAGAACAGAUCUAUCCUCACAACUGCUUAUUCCGUUGCUACCAAUUCGGUGCUUUGGUUGGCUGACUUUUGUCCUUUAUUCAUACUCGUGGUCCAUUUUCCGUAUUGCUUGUUGGUGGUGAGCUACGUUCACGCGCCAGCUCUCGUUAUACCAUGGUGGACGCCAUGACAAGACCUUUCGAUUCGUGGGGCAAUAAUUUCUAUGCUCCACGACAUACCUCAUACUACUCCCAAGAUCAGAACCCGCCAACGUUACGCCUACCACCUCCAUCAAGCCUGAUCGGUGAUGCCCACCGCAGCCAGACCGCUUCGACUGGACGGGAACGUGCAUUUCAUGACCAGCCCUUUUACCGGGACGUAUAUGCGCCUGUGGCUUCAAUGUCAGGUCGCAGGCCUGCGCAAGUCCCGAUCCUGGGCCCCGAGGGUUAUGCCUCCACAUUCAGCUCAUCCAGUAGAGGGCCAGUCGAUACGAGAACUCGGCUUUCACCCGCCCAGUCCUCGACAGCUAGCGAUCGUUCCGAGGACCCGUCAGACUACCAUCGCCCCCCUCAAUUUACUCAAGAAAAUAGGUCCUCACCAACAUCUCGUCUGUCAAGCCGUUGUCCAACAGCCCAUGAGUCUCCACUUCGACAACUAUCCUGUGCAGAAACACAAUCGAUGAGGCCUUCUCACGACACUCAUCCCCCAAAUGCUCGCCCGGGCAACUCAUCCCAGGCGAGUAGUCCCGCUCACCAGACAUGGUCCCCUUUUCCAGAGCCGCGUGCUCCUGAGCAGCGGAUGAAGAUAGCCGGUUUAUUGAGCAAUGAUCAGAAUUCUGCUACAUCUGACUCAUCCAAGGCUGCCCAGAAAGCACCACAAAGAAUACCUACGUCUGCUGCUGUGACUUCUACGUAUCGUAUCAACAUUCGCCAACAGCCUAUUGCCGCAAGAUCGUGUGGUUAUGGUGAAAGAGACCGUCGAGUCAUUGAUCCGCCGCCUAUCAUUCAAAUGAGUAUGGUGGACCCCACGGCCUCUCCGGAGGAGAUCAAGAACCGACUUACGCAUAGUUAUUCGAUCAUGCAUUGUACUAUCUGGAACGAAGCAGGGGACCAGGAUCUGUCGUCCAUGCCUGAAGACUACCGUACGCAGCGGAGAUUGAUGGGAACCGUGGUAUCGUCGCCCUUCGCUGGCAACGACGAGAAUGACGAGUUUGGGUGCUUCUUCUGUUUUCCCGAUCUAUCAUGCCGAACACCGGGCUCAUUUCGCCUACAGUUCAGCUUUAUGGUAUUGGACCCGUUCUCAUCUCCAGGCCACAGGACCCCAGUGGCGGCCAUUGUGAUGAGCGACGUUUUCACGGUUUACAACGCCAAGGACUUUCCGGGCAUGAAGGCAAGCACUGCGCUCACGAAACGGCUCAAGGAGCAAGGGUGUUUGAUAUCUAUCAAGAAGGGGAACGAUAGGACUCGCGUGCGCGAGGGAAGUGAAAGUGGUGAGGACGACUAUGAAGAAGACGCUCAAGGGGGCAGCUCCCAGAAACGGUCAAAACGCCCGAGGAAGUCAUGAUUCUGGUCUAAAUCACACAGCACCAUCACAUCGUUCUUUUCAUGAGUUGCAGCGUCUCCUUGUCUUUUUUGUUUUUGAAGUACAGCGGCAGGACCAGCAGAGCUAGAGCUUUGGGGGAGGGGGAGGGAUGGGAUCUUCUUUCGAAAGUAUGGGUUGGCUUUCCAGGUUACAGGCACAAGAAAAUUGGCUACGGUGGGAUCAAAUGCCCCGCCGCAAU